AUGUGUCCAUCUUGUCUUCAAUAUUCCUUCAAUGUGUGUCCAUCUUGUCUUCCAUAUUUCUUUCACUGUCCCCGUCUUGUCUUCAAUAUUUUCUUCAUUAUGUGUCCAUCUUCUCUUCAAUAUUCCCUUCAAUGUGUGUCCAUCCAUCUUCCAUAUUUUUUUCACUGUUCACCCGUCUUGUCUUCAAUAUUUCCUUCUGAUGUGUCCAUCUUGUCUUCAAUAUUUUGCCUUCGAUGUGUCCAUCCAUCUUUCACUGUCACCCGUCUUCCAAUAUUUCAAUGUGUGUCCAUCUUGUCUUCCAUAUUUUCAAUGUGUGUCCAUCUGUCUUCCACCUUUCUUUCACUGUCCCUGUCUUGUCUUCAAUAUUUCCUUCAAUGUGUGUCCAUCUUGUCUUCCAUAUUUCUUUUCAUCCCUUCAAUGUGUCCAUCUCGUCUUCCAUAUUUCUUUCACUGUCAACAUAUUUUCUUGUCUUCAAUAUUUCCUUCGAUGUGUGUCCAUCUUGUCUUCAAUAUUCCUUCAAUGUGUGUGUCCAUCUCGUCUUCCAUAUUUCUUUCACUGUCACCCGUCUUGUCUUCAAUAUUUCCUUCGAUGUGUCCAUCUUGUCUUCAAUAUUCCCUUCAAUGUCUUCCAUAUUUCUUUUCACUGUCCAUCUCGUCUUCCAUCUUUGUUUCAAUUUCACUGUCUACCCGUCUUGUCUUCAAUAUUUCCCUUCGAUGUGUCCAUCUUGUCUUCAAUAUUCUCUUCAAUGUGUGUCCAUCUGUCUUCCAUAUUUCUUCACUGUCUACCCGUCUUGUCUUCAAUAUUUCCUUCGAUGUGUGUCCAUCUUGUCUUCAAUAUUCCCUUCAAUGUGUGUCCAUCUCGUCUUCCAUAUUUCUUUUCACUGUCUACCCGUCUUGUCUUCAAUAUUUCCUUCUUCGAUGUGUGUCCAUCUUGUCUUCAAUAUUCCCUUCAAUGUGUGUCCAUCUUGUCCAUCCUUCAAUGUGUGUCCAUCUCGUCUUCCAUAUUUCUUUUCACUGUCUACCCGUCUUGUCUUCAAUAUUUCCUUCGAUGUGUCCAUCUUUGUCCAUCUUGUCUUCAAUAUUCCACUGUCUAAUCAAUGUGUCCAUCUCGUCUUCCAUAUUUCUUUCACUGUCUACCCGUCUUGUCUUCAAUAUUUCCUUCGAUGUGUCCAUCUUGUCUUCAAUAUUCCCUUCAAUGUGUGUCCAUCUCGUCUUCCAUAUUUCACUGUCUACCCGUCUUGUCUUCAAUAUUUCCUUCGAUGUGUCCAUCUUGUCUUCAAUAUUCCCCUUCAAUGUGUGUCCAUCUCGUCUUCCAUAUUUCUUUCACUGUCUACCUGUCUUGUCUUCAAUAUUUCCUUCGAUGUGUCCAUCUUGUCUUCAAUAUUCCUUCAAUGUGUGUCCAUCUCGUCUUCCAUAUUUCUUUUACUGUCUUGUCUUGUCUUCAAUAUUUCCUUCGAUGUUCCACUGUCUCCCUUCAAUGUGUCCAUCCAUCGUCUUCCAUAUUUUUUCCUGUCUUCACCAUUUCCUUCGAUGUGUGUCCAUCUUGUCUUCAAUAUUCCCUUCAAUGUGUCCAUCUCGUCUUCCAUAUUUCUUUCACUGUUCACCCGUCUUGUCUUCAAUAUUUCCUUCGAUGUGUCCAUCUUGUCUUCAAUAUUCCCUUCAAUAUGUGUCCAUCCUCGUCUUCCAUAUUUCUUUCACUGUCUACCCGUCUUGUCUUCCAUAUUUCCUCGAUGAUUCCAUCUUGUUCAAUAUUCCCUUCAAUGUGUGUCCAUCUGUCUUCCAUAUUUCUUUUCACUGUCUCUGCCCGUCUUGUCUUCUUUUCGAUGUGUGUCCAUCUUGUCUUCAAUAUUCCCUUCAAUGUGUCCAUCUCUGUCUUCCAUAUUUCUUUUCAUGUCUGUCCGUCUUGUCUUCAAUAUUUCCUUCGAUGUGUGUCCAUCUUUGUCUUCAAUAUUCCCUUCAAUGUGUGUCCAUCUCGUCUUCCAUAUUUCUUUCACUGUCUCACCCGUCUUGUCUUCAAUAUUUCCUUCUUCUGAUGUGUGUCCAUCUUUGUCUUCAAUAUUCCCUUCAAUGUGUGUCCAUCUCGUCUUCCAUAUUUCUUUCACUGUCUACCCGUCUUGUUCUUCAAUAUUUCCUUCGAUGUGUGUCCAUCUUGUCUUCAAUAUUCCCUUCAAUGUGUCCAUCUCGUCUUCCAUAUUUCUUUCACUGUCUACCCGUCUUGUCUUCAAUAUUUCCUUCCGAUGUGUGUCCAUCUUGUCUUCAAUAUUCCCUUCAAUGUGUGUCCAUCUCGUCUUCCAUAUUUCUUUCACUGUCUACCCGUCUUGUCUUCAAUAUUUCCUUCGAUGUGUCCAUCUUGUCUUCAAUAUCCGUUCAUCCCUUCAAUUUGUGUCCAUCUCUGUCUUCCAUAUUUCUUUGUCUCACUUGUCUUCAAUCUACCUUCGAUGUGUGUCCAUUUGUCUUCAAUAUUUCUUUCCUUCUGAUGUGUGUCCAUCUUGUCUUCAAUAUUCCCUUCAAUGUGUGUCCAUCUUGUCUUCCAUAUUUAUUUUCACUGUCUACCCGUCUUGUCUUCAAUAUUUCUUCGAUGUCCAUCUUGUCCAAUAUUCUUCAAUGUCUUCUCGUCUUCCAUUUUCUUUCACUGUCUACCCGUCUUGUCUUCAUAUUUUCUUUCACUGUUCACCCCUUCAAUCAUUAA